AGUAUUAUGCAUAUCGCAUACAGCAGCGACUGAACCAGUAAGUAGUCUCGCAAACGAGUGGAAAAUUGUUCCUUCAGUUCAUCGUAGACGCAGCAACAUGCAUUGAGCAAUGGAGGCUGAAUUGGUACAGGAUGCAUCAAGGGAUGCUUAGAACAGAGCUAUCUAGCGGUCUGCAAGACGCAAUUGAUAAUGGUGAUACCAGAACUGAUCAAGUAGGUAAAAGAAUUAUACUACCUUCAUCAUAUAAUGGAAGUCCGAGGAAUAAACAGCAGUACUACCAGGAUGCAAUGGCCAUAUGUCGGUGGGCUGGAUAUCCAGAUCUGGUUAUCACUUUCAUAGGCAACCCAAAGUGGACAGAAAUACAGACCAUGUUGGACUUCAUACGAGGACAAAAACCAGUAGAUCGUCCAGACAUUGUCAAUAGAGUAUUCCUUAUAAAGCUGAAUGAACUAAUAGAAGACGUAUACAAAAAGAAGCGGUUUGGAAAAGCAAUAGCAAUUGUCUACACCAUCGAGUUCCAGAAAAGAGGUCUACCUCAUGCACAUAUACUAUUAUUUUUGGAUCCAGAUGACAGGGAUCCUAGCCCCCAAAAUAUUGACCAGAUCAUAUCAGCAGAGGUGCCAGACAAGGAUGUUGAUCCAGAAGGUUACAUGGUAGUUGAAAAUUUCAUGAUGCAUGGACCAUGUGGCCAGGCAUGCUACAAGUCACCAUGCAUGAUCAAUGGGAAGUGCUCAAAACAUUUCCCUAAGAUGUUCUGUGAGGAAACAAGCAUCGAUGAAGGAUUCCCAAUAUAUAGAAGAAGAAAUAAUGCCAGGACAGUAGAAAAAAGUGGAGUACAGCUAGAUAGCAGGUAUGUUGUUCCAUACAACAGGGACCUAAUAGUCAAGUACCAGGCCCAUAUAAACGUGGAAUGGUGUAAUAAAUCAAGAUCCAUAAAGUAUUUGUUCAAGUACAUCCACAAAGGAGAGGAUAGAGCAACUGUAAUUUUGGAUGCGGGAAAUAACUGUGACGAGAUACAAAUGUACCUUGAUGCACGAUACCUAUCUGCAGGUGAAGCAUCUUGGCGUAUCUUUGGAUUUGAACUUCAGCACCGGCAGCCUUCUGUACAGAGACUGCAAUUCCACCUUCAAGAUGAGCAAAUGGUCGUGUUCCCGGACUCAACUGAUAUCGAGAAAAUUGUACAUAGACCUGGCAUAGAGGAAACAAUUUUCACCGAAUGGACGACCGCUUAUCAAUUGUAUGAGGAGGCCCGUAAUCUAACAUAUGCAGAAUUCCGCACUAAGUGGACGUGGCAUGCAAAGGAGAAAAGAUGGAAACCAAGGAAAGGCGGGAAACGGUCUAUUGGGAGGAUCUACUAUGCCCAUCCAGCAAGUGGUGAGAAAUAUUACCUGAGGAUUCUGCUAAAUACUGUCAAAGGUUGUAAAUCAUAUGAGGACAUCAGAAAAGUAAAUGGUAUUGUACACCCAACCUAUAAAUCAGCAUGUUAUGCCGUUGGAUUACUCAAUGAUGACCAAGAGUGGGAUGAUUGUAUUAAGGAAGCAUCGCAUUGGGCUUCUGCCCAACAAAUGCGACAACUUUUCUGCACAAUACUCAUUUUUUGUGAGGUCACAGAUCCAGGGAAACUAUGGGAAUCUACAUGGGAAUUACUCUCAAAGGACAUACAACGACGUCAAAGGAAAAUCUUGAACUUCGAUGAACUACAGCUUAAUCCUGAACAAAUAAAAAAUCUCACACUUAUAGAGAUAGAGAUUUUGCUAAGGAGAGGUGGAAAGUCACUAAAAGAUUAUGAAGGAAUUCCAUUACCAGAUAGCAACUCACUACAAGGUCUACAAAAUAGGUUGGUAAGUGAAGAGCUUAACUAUGACAGACAGUCUCUACAAAUAGAGAAAGUGGCACUACUUGCAAAGUUAAAUGGAGAACAGAAACAAGCUUUUGAUGCAAUACUACAAUCUGUAAAUAGCAAACUAGGCAAACUCAUAUUUGUCAAUGGAUAUGGUGGAACAGGAAAAACAUUUCUGUGGUAG